CUGUUUCUAAACCAACUGUAAGACUGGACCGGGGAUGAGGUCGGCUAGUUCUGUCCAAACGGAGCGGGCUUAGCAUGAAAGUGAGCGCUUUAUGCAAAUGGGCUUUGUUUGGGGUAGUCGUGAGGCCCGGGGGACGGAUGCCCAACGUCAACACAGUAGUAGUAGGAAUAGUGGUAGUAUCCAUAACAAACACAGCAACUGCUGCGCCCAAGAUUCUUUCACCCAACCAACCAAAAUACACACACACACACACUCAAAUCGUCGUCGUCAUCAUCAUCAUCAGAUCCGCUCUUUCCAUUCCUGUUGACGUCGUCUGUAAUUCUGGUCCUGCGAGUACGGCAAAAGAGUAACAUUCACGUAUAUAUAUAAAAUCCGUUGAUUGUUUAUCCCUGCACCGGUAGUUUGAUUAGAUUCAAACGCUUUCAGCCGGCUCUCUUGCCAUUCAUUGAACUGAAUUAGCUUUCCUUCCCGCGCGGAAAAAGAAAAGAUCAGUCAGCCCUUGGUGUUGAAUCUAUGGUAUUGUCGCUGCAGAUUACAAAAAGAAAAGGAACGCGACACCGACAGGUACAGUAGAGUUUAGCUUAGAGAUAGAUUGGUUAAAUCGAGAAAUGCGAUUGACAUAAGGCAGUCGCAGCGGAAAUCAUAGAUAAUCGUGGUGGGGAAUGAAGGCACCGAUGGCUGUGGGGUCCACGGCUGGGACGAAGCGCCGAUGGAUGGCGACAGUGCUGGGACUGGUUCUCUUCUCAAUGCUGGUUCCACUCGUCUUCUUGCUUGGCCUCCACAAUACUUUUCUUUCUUCUCCUCCUUCCUCCGUUCAUUUAGGUUCCUUUUCUAUUCUCAACUGGGUUGGCUUGGUGGUUGUUGCUGUAAGCACUGCUGGAAGGGUGAUUAUUCUUGUAGAUCACAGUUAUGUCUCUGAAGAAGAACGCAAUUCUGACGGAAAUGGUCUUAGAAUUUAUGAACAACAACAACGUGUCGAUGCUACUGUCACCACCCCCACCCCAGUGGAACAUCGGUCGAGAGAUGUCGAUGAUCUUUUAAGAAGAUUGGGAGGGCCUACUCUUCCAAAGGUUUUUGGGAGGGACCCUGCAGAGGAUGCUAAGAACAAAACAAAUGACUUUACAGAAGUGCCUGACCUGCCAAAACAAAAUUCCAAUGCACAUAAUAAUGUACCUCCCUCCGAAGGUAAAUUGGUAGAGAACAUGAAAAGCACCAUGGACGGCAAAAAUAUGUGUGAGAUUAGAUUUGGUAGCUACUGCUUAUGGCGUGAAGAGCAUAGGGAGAGCAUGAAAGAUUCUACAGUAAAAAAGAUGAAGGACCUUCUUUUCGUUGCUCGGGCAUAUUAUCCCAGUAUUGCUAAGCUUCCAGCACUUGACAAAUUGUCCCAUGAACUGAAGCAAAACAUUCAGGAAUUUGAACGAGUCCUGAGUGAAACUACAACCGAUAAAGAUCUUCCUUCACAGAUUGAAGUGAAGUUGAGUAAGAUGGAAGCUACAAUUGCCAAAGUGAAAUCGCAUCCUGUGGACUGUAACAACGUCGAUAAAAAAUUCCGACAGUUAGUUGACUUGACAGAGGAUGAAGCGAAUUUUCAUAUGAAACAAAGUGCCUUUCUGUACCAACUUGCUGUCCAAACCGUUCCCAAGAGUCUUCAUUGCCUGUCAUUAAGAUUGACCGUAGAUUAUUUUAGAAAUCCUCCACCUGACACAGAUGUUCUGCUUGCUGACAAGUUUUUAAAUCCAGAAUUGCAACACUAUGUGAUCUUCUCCCAGAAUGUUCUUGCUUCAUCUUCCGUGAUUAACUCAACCGUAAUGAAUUCUAAAGAGUCAUCAAAUCAAGUUUUUCACGUGUUGACUAACCGGCAGAACUAUUUUGCAAUGAAAAAAUGGUUCUUCCUCAACAAAUACAAAGAAGCAGCAGUUCAGGUUUUGGACAUAGAAGAACUAAUUUUGAAGGGUGGUCAAAGUAAUGUGUCUCAGUUACUUCAGAUGUUUCUGCCUGAGGAAUUUCGUAUUUCUUUUCGAACAGUUGAUAAGCUCUCUAGAGCUAUGGUUCGAACUGAAUAUUUGUCUCUAUUUUCAUAUUCCCACUAUCUUAUUCCUGAGAUAUUUCAAACUUUGAGAAAAAUUGUGAUUUUGGAUGAUGACAUCAUUGUGCAAAAAGAUUUGUCCGAACUUUGGAGCAUUGACAUAGGUGAGAAAGUCAAUGCUGCUGUGUUCCUUUGCGCUGUAAAAUUGGGCGAGCUGAAGCAUUAUUUGGGUGAAAAUAGUUUCAACAAUGAGGGCUCUUGUGCCUGGAUGUCAGGAUUGAACCUUGUGGACUUAGCUGGGUGGAGAAAGCGUGGCCUUACUGAAAGUUUCCAAAGUUUGCUUCAUAAGUCACUGAUGGCUGAGGAUGCAUCAUUAGAAGCCGCCAUCCUGCGAGCAACAUUACUCGUGUUUGAAGGUCUUGUAUAUGAUCUCAAUGAUCAAUGGGUAAUAUCCGGACUGGGUUACAACUACGGAUUGGAUUCGGAUAGUAUUAAGAAAGCAGCAGUGCUACAUUUCAAUGGGAAUAUGAAACCUUGGCUUGAGCUGGGUAUUCCAAAAUAUAAAGGUUUCUGGAGGAAUUUUGUUAAUUCAGAAAAUUCAUUUUUAAGUGCUUGCAAUGUGAAUCAGUAGGGAAGGCAUGGAUGGAGGGAAUAUUUGCUUCGGGUUCAGAAUUGAAAUCUAAUCCUGCAGGGUUGCUGGAGGUUUGAGAAGGACAGCUGCAUUAUAUAUUCUUUAUCUUUCAUCUUGCCUGAAGGAUUCAUUCAUUUCUGGAAGUGGAGGCAAUUGAGAUGCAAGUGAUGGUGGUCGCAAUCAAUUUAUCUUGCGCCUUUUCUUUCUUUUUUGGUCCUUUGAUUACUGCAUUAGUUGAUGAUUUUUACCCCUUGGCUCAAAGACGAGGAUGAUGUAAAAGAACCCUCACGAGCUGUCCCACCUUGGUCUGAGCCUGGAGGAUGUUUAGAUUGACUCUAGGAGGAAUGUCGUCCGUUGCGGUUGGGAAUGGAGAUGGAGUAAACGGUAAACUAAGCCCCUUGUGUAAGAGCUUAGGUGAUCAUCAUUCCAUAGCGAGUGUGCUGAAUUCAGUCUUCCUUUCCACUGAUUUGUUUAUUGUUAGUCAAAGUGAUCAUCAUCAUUUACUGGAAAAAGUUAGAUAAUUUGACAGAGCAAAGUCUAUUUUUUUCCAGAAUUUUUGUAACUUAGCCAGGUAUAAGAAUUGAUGUUAUAUCACACAGGCAGCUGGGAGUGAUAUUAAAACAGUAAAACUUAGUGGUGUGUAUUUUGUCUUGGAUACUUGUAAAGAAAUCUCUGCCCGAUUUCGAAUCUGAUCUUCUUAACGAGCUUCUUGCAAUUUGGAAUUGCUCGAGAUCAUAAUGACAUAAUCUAACCAUCUCGAUGGUGGCAAGCUUGAAAAAAUCUCAACUAUAUUUUUAUGGUGGGAAGCUUGAAAAAAUCUCAAUUACAGGAUUGGAAAUCAUAACAAAAUAUGCCGCACCAUUAUCCUCUGGUAUUCAACUCUAAACUUUGUUGAAUAUAGUUGAGAUUUUUUCAACUAUAUUACGAGGAUAAUAUAGUUGAAUAGAGUUGAGUUCACUCCAACGAACUCAUGAGUUCUGCUAAAUUUGUUGAAUAUUAGAGUUGAACAUAUUCUUUCAAGC